AUGGCAAGAGCAGUGUUCCCGAUCAUCAUGCUCAUCCUCGUAUCCCUCGUCGGGUCACGUGCUCGCCACGUGCCAGGAGGCGAACCCACCGGGGGCGAGGCACGUGACGGCCAGACCUCGGAGCUCAUGCAUGCGCAUGCGAAUGCGCCUGAUGAUCAUGCAGAGUCACCGGCCGGUACUCUCAAAGACAACAAGAACCUCCUCUACGGCGGAGGAAUAGGUGGCUUCGCCGGAAUCGGCGGAUUCUCCGGCCUUGGCGGCGGCGGCCUUCCCCUGUACGGCGGACUCGGUGGAGCCGCCGGAAUCGGUGGGUUCAAGAAUCUCGGUGGCCUAGGCGGUCUCGUCGGUGGAAUCGGAGGUGCUAACGGUGUCGCCGGAGGAGUCGGUGGCGGCGCCGGUGCCGGCGGCGGAGUCCUCCCACAUCCUUGA